ACAUAACUUGAUAAUUUGUUUCUCAAUAAUCUUCAUGUCAAGGUACAUUUGCUAUUUUUGGAAUUGACCAUAAUGUCUUGGGGCAUCCCAUUUGUUGGUGAGCUUUAUUAGUAGAAACAGGAGGAAGAUGGGCUUUUGAGAAGAAUAUACUUGACCAGGAAAAUGAAAAUGGAGAACUGAUUUGUUGUUUCUUUGAAUUUACAUAAAAGGUAAUCUCAUUCUAAAAGUCAGAGGUGUAAUAGUCGCCAAGAAAUGUUCUCUAAACAGGUCUCCAUAUGAUAUCAUGGCAGAAAAAUUCCACCUAGCAGGUGGCAGGUUGGGCUUAGCUAAACCUUUGCAGAAUCAUAAUUUCCACAGUAGCUUUCUGUCUCUCAGGCUGUAUACUGUAGAGCCCUUUCUUAUGGAGUAGAGCUCGUGUGCGUGCCUCGAAAAAUUUUCAAACUUAAAGAACAAUUGCACGAGUCUGAUUCCCCACAUACCCCUUGUCCAGAUUUGCCACUUGAUAAUGUGUUACUACAUUCACUUUGCCACUCUAGACAGCAGUAGUAUUUUUGCUCAACAAUUUGAGAGUAGGUUGCAGACAUCUCAAACCUUUACUCCUGAAGACAUUAGCUUGUAUGUCCUAAAAAGAGACAUUCUCCCAUGUUGUCAUAGUACAGAUUCUUAAAUGGAAUGAAAUCAGGAAAUUUUACAGUGGCACAAUAUAUAGUCUGUAUUAAAAUUUUUGCUAAUCAUCCCAAAAAUGUCCAUUGUAGUAACAGUUUCAAACACAAGAUCAUGCAUUGCCUUUAGUAGUCAUCAAAUUUCGUUGCUUUGGAACGUGUUACUUCUAUUCAGUAUUAGAGGGUGGCCUUUUGACUUUACUCCUGCAAGCUUUGUUGGAGGAAAAAAAAAAAAGACAUUGAUUUUCUAGCAAGCAGCCACCUUGAAAUCCCCAAAUUGCCCAGGUAAGAGGGACUUUUUUGUUUUUAAUUUUGAAAACUUUGGCUGGGUUUUGGUGCCUUGACUCAGCAAAGUCUAUAAUGCAGCAAGGCUUGGUAAGCAUUAGAAGGGGUACUGAAGCUUUCCUUUAUUUCAUAAUCCCAAUUGUUUUUCUAGAAACCAUCAAUAGCCUCUAAAUGACUGACUCAAUUUUUGGAUCCUAUUCUCAUGACUAAGCAAAUGUUUGAUUUGAAACCAGCCCAGUAUAAAUGUCUCUGUGCCUCUAACUCUGUAGCUAUUCCGGAUUUCAGCACUGGGGAAACCAAUCUAUGCACCAAAAUGUCUAAAUCUGGAACCAAGGUAAGUCAACGGUCAUGCUGAUUUUUAGCCUACCACUUUCUUUUCCAGUGUUUCCUUUCUUUUGGAAUGUUUCCUCUUUUCCAAUGUACCUAAUGAUACAUCGAAAGAAAUGUGGAGAAAAACUUUUGCUUCUAUGCCUGAAGGUAAGUAUGAUAGUGUUUUAAAGGUUGAGAAUAGGAGAGAAGGUUAAGAAAUGAUUAUAUUUUCUACUGUAGCAAAAUUACCCAACAGUUUAUUAAGGGUUUAUCUCUAUGUGUGUUACCAUGUUCAGUAUUGUACAGGUAUAUAAUGUGUUCAUAUCAUCAUGAUUUCUGCCUUCCAGCAACUCCUAUUCUAUGAAUUUCCACAGGAAUAGGACAUACUGAUAAGAGGAGUACACGGAGUAGAAAACUUUUAGUGUUCAGUUAAAAGUCCGCUCUGUGAAAUUUAGACUCCAUCAGUGAUGUCCUAAAAGACUAAUCAAGUGAAUUAAAUCCUAUAUAUCCCUUUCAUUCAAGCAGUUAUUUUUAUCCCUUUCCUGAAAGAAAGUGCUUAUUUACGUUAGGAAAAUUGUCUCUAAAAUGUUUGAUUCACAGUUGUUGGACCAGAAAUCGAUCUUUUAGGCAGGGCUUUAGAAAUGAGGGUAUCUACCUUCAUUCUAUUAUUUUAGCUCUUCUGCUCACCAGUGAAUCUAAGGCAAAGCCAUCAGUGCCUGAUUUCCACAGCACCCCCCGUCAACUUGUUACUUUGAAAAGUUUCAAACCCGAUGAAUCUUGAAAGAAAAAGAAAUGUUGAAUGAAUACUUCUAUAUCCCUUACUUAUAUUCUCCAGUUGUUAGCAUUUUGCUAUAUUUGGUCUCUCUGUCUCUUUGUACUAAACCAUUUGACAAUAAAUAGCAGGCUUAAUUCUUUUGCCCUAAGUACUUAGUCACGUUUCUCCAAAAACAAGGGUAUUCUCCUAUAUAAACAUAAUACCAUCUUGUCUCCCAAACUUGUCAUAAAUACCAAAUAUUCAGACUAUAUUCACAUUUCCCCCAGUCGCUUCCCCAAAUGUGCUUCAUGGCUGGCUUUUCCCCUGAUACAGGAUCUAAUCAAGGACCGUGCAUUGCAUUUGGUUGCCAUGUUUCUUUAAACUUUUUCCUUUAGCCUCUUUUGUAUGAAACAGUCACUCUACUUUUUGUUGGUGUUUGAGACACUGACAUUUUUCUAAGUCCAGACCAGGUGUCUAGUACAAAGUCCUGAGAUCUGGAUUUACCUGAUUGUUUCCUCGUGUUUAGAUUCAGACUAAUCAUCUUUGGCCAGAAAGUUACAUAGGCAACAGCAAAUAUUUCCCAUCACGUCAUGUCAGGAGGCACCUGUUAACUCGUUCCAUAAUUGGUUAGUGCCUGAUUUUUUUCCACUUGGAAAAUAGAAUAAUCAUACUUGUUAUCUAAAAGAUUUGGGGAGAAAAAAUGAGACCGUGUCUUUAGUGCUCUGAGGUUCUUGGAAGUAUGCCAUGCAAAUCCCAUUGAAAAGAAUUAGAAGUCCUUAGAGAAAUCCGUGUGCCUUGAUGUAAGACUAUUACAACUGGACCCCCUUAGAUGAAUAUAUCCCCCGUUUUCAAAGAUUUCCAGAGUAGUACUAGUGUGCUCUCUUUUAUUUCUUGUAGCUGGGCUGUUCGCGUGGUUAACUAACUUGCUUGCUAGGCCAAAGGAGCAAGUUAUCUCUUACCCUUUGUCUAUUGCAUUUUCCUUUCCCUCCAUCUUACUAGAAGUUUAAUCAGAGAGUUAUGGGAUUGGCAAAAACAAUGCAUGGUACUAAGUUUGGUUUUGUUACCUUUGGAAUACGUGGCAUUUUUCUUUCUAUUGUAUUGGAUUGGUAGGCUACUUUUCAAGAACUAAGCGGGAAGGAGAGGAAUUUUGUAAUGAUUUCAAGGGAAAUCUCCUGCACUAUUUCUUAGCCUUUCUAUAAAUUUUUUUUGCCCAAGAAUCUCAGCUGACUAUACAGUAGAUGUCAUGGUCCUUCUACAAAUGGAAAUUGAGUAGAAGUACAACAUUCUCUGGGCUCUGAGAUUUGGAAGGUCCCCCGCUGAAAGGAGAGUUUGGUUCUGGAGCUCAGUAAAGGCUCCAUGGCAACACUGUACUUUGUUUCAGCCUUGGGAUGGUUGGCUAGUCUGCCAGAGGGUAGACAGCAAGGUUGCCUUCUAGAACAUCGUGUAUUUUCCACCUUUCAAUAUAGAUGUUAGCCAGGCAAAUGUGCAGUGGGCACUAAGUGUGGGAAACACUGAACUAAGAAAAAGUGAUAUUAACUUUAUUUCUACAGCAUAGCCCUUGCAAAGGCUCUUUUAUGGUAAACAGUUGACCAAAAAACCAAAGGUAAAUUGAAUUAAGGCUGAAUUAAGGAAUAUAGAAUCUAUUUUAUUUUUUAGAGAAGUUACCUUGAUUUUCCUAAAGAUUUUUCCACAGGCUUUGGGAAAAGCAUCUCAGCCUCAGGAUCAGUCUUGUUCCCUUACUAAAAGAGUAAGUGCUGUAUGUUGCACAGAACUAGCUGUGCAGGCAGGAGACCGCAAAGGGAGAUAAGAUAAAAUGAAUCACACGUUACUAACCGGGAGCUUUGCACUGCCAACCACUCCCUUGCCUGCACCUAACUUGUACCUAGCUAUUGGCCUUAGGCAAGGCAUUUAACUUCUUCAUCUGUACCAACAGUAGCAAAAGUUUAUUGGCGAUUAUGAGCCAGAUUACACUAAGUGCUUCAUAGGCAUUUUCCCAUGGAACCUCAGGACAACCCUCCGCAGAGGAUACUGUGAUCCAGUUUUACAAAUGAAGAGUCUGAGCUUUAGAGUGAUGUUCAAUGGCCUAUCCAAGGUCACUGAGCUAGUAGCUAGUGCUGCAGUUUUGUUUUCUAAUCUAUAAACUGGGGUACCGUGUGUCUCCAGCUCUGUGCUAUGCUAAAAUGGGAAAUGGAGCUGGAAGAGAUAUUUGGAAGGGGAAGAAAGGAGAUGAAGCAGAUGAUUUAGGGGUGGGAAGGGCUCAGGAAGCUUGUAGGGAACAGGAAAUACAGGAGUGGAGAGAAAUACAAGAGUGGAAGAGUGGAGAGAGUAGCGUGGAUUAGGGUGGAAGGAAGUACCCAUCAGUAGGCUACAUCUAGAAGGCUCACCUGGGGUAGAAAACAAUGAGGUUUUAUGCCCUUUUACGAAUCAUUCUUGGUGUCUGCCUCUCCCUCAUUCAUUACACCUGAUUAGUCACCAAAUUCUACGUUUCUUUUGACUGUUUCCUCAAUGUCCUUUAUACAGCAGUUGCCUUUUGGUCGGCCUGCCCCAUCUCUCACAUACCCGCGGCAACCACCUGUUUCCACGCACGAACCACUACCUUACGUCUCGCACAUAAUCACCAAAGAGAUUCCAGCAUGCCGUCUGUGUCUUCUGGCUUUAUUUCCUAUUAAUACUUCACCACAUAGUCCAUAUGCACCGAGCUUGAUGAACCACUUGUCCCUAUAAUGGGCCAUAUUCCUUUAUUCCUUUGAACAGGCCAUCCUUUCUUCUUUGCCCCUGGAAACCCUCUACUUAUCUUUCAAUCUUCACCUCAAAAAUCCUCUCAAGGCUACCUGGCUCUCCACUCCUUUCAUAUGAAAAUGGUUGACAUUUUCUCCUUUGAAGCCGAUAAAGCAAAUUAGCCACGAGGUGGCAGCGUAACUCUAGGAAAUUAAGUGCUUGACUCCAUGACACCUGUGAUUUCUUUCACUUUCCCUUCUGAACUUGCAUUCAUCUUGGAGUGUGGAAUUAUAGAACAAGAGGGGACAAACUCUGUAGUCCAUUUGGUCUAGUGGUUUUCAGAACCUGCUUCAUGAAGCCCCAGGAGUGGCUGGGGACUCCUCUCCUGUUGCAAACAGAAAAGUUUUACUGCACAGCCAGGGCUUUCCAUCUAGUCUGGUCCUCAGCUCUGACAAGUGUGAAGCUGGAGCCCAGAGAGCUAGCUUGCCGGAAGUCAUAAGGCCGACUGGAGAGAUGCAGCUCUAGAGGCCAGGUUUAUCAUUUCCGGUUUUUCAGGGCUGCGUGCCGCCAGGCCAUCCAAGGUCUCAGGCUUACCCCAAAGAUUGUGGUAGAGACUUGGUAAGACUUUGAAGCAAACCACGUUUGUGACUUGCCAUCGUGUUACUUUGGAACUACCCUGUUGGCAAAAAAAUAAUAGUGCGGAACACAAAAUAUUGUCAGGUGUAUGCUCUAUAUUCAUGUAAAGUAAACGCUCUAAAGCUAAGGUCUAUGUUUUAUUUUUCUCUCUUUAUCUUCCAUGGCACCUAAUGAAUUUCUGCAUUUGGAACUCACUCGUCUUCCUCAAACGUUUAUUGAAGAUUACUUUCUAUGAAGACAAAAAUUUCCAAGGCCGCCACUAUGACUGUGACUGCGACUGCGCAGAUUUCCACAUGUACCUGAGUCGCUGCAACUCCAUCAGAGUGGAAGGAGGCACCUGGGCUGUGUACGAGAGGCCCAACUUCGCCGGGUACAUGUAUAUCUUACCCCGGGGCGAGUACCCUGAAUACCAGCACUGGAUGGGCCUCAACGACCGCCUCAGCUCCUGCCGGGCUGUUCAUCUGUCUGGUGGAGGCCAGUAUAAGAUUCAGAUCUUCGAGAAAGGAGAUUUUAAUGGUCAGAUGUAUGAAACCACUGAAGAUUGCCCUUCCAUUAUGGAACAGUUUCACAUGCGGGAGGUCCACUCCAGUAAGGUGCUGGAGGGUGCCUGGAUUUUCUAUGAGCUACCCAACUAUCGUGGCAGGCAGUACCUCCUGGACAAGAAGGAGUACCGGAAGCCCAUCGAUUGGGGUGCAGCUUCCCCAGCUGUGCAGUCUUUCCGCCGCAUCGUGGAGUAAUGACAGGGAUGGGGCCACAAGCUGUUUCCUGGGGGCCACCUGCUGGCUGGCCUUGUCAUCCAAAUAGACAUCCUUAAUAAAAACAAUUGG